GUAUAUAUUUUUAAUUUUUAAUAACGUUUUCCAAAUUCUCUCUUUUAAGGAUUUCUUCUUUUUUUUCGUACUGUUAAAACAAUGCUCAUCUUGUGGCCUUUUUUUAUAAUGCUAAAAGGACAACGACUUCUCCCUUAGUCUUUCUUUGCAUUUGUGCUGUCUCAACAACACAAACACACUCCCAAACGGAUAAUUUUCCGGGGCGUGCUGCCAUCCUGCCCCCUGGGUGAUGCCGAGCGGCAGCAUGAGUGGUGGCGUGUCUGGACUCACUUCCCCACCCCAGCCCACCGUUCCAUCCAGGCCUCUCCGGCCUAGUCGCUACGUGCCGGUCUCAGCGGCAACGGCCUUCUUGGUUGGAUCAACCACACUCUUCUUCUGCUUCACGUGCCCUUGGCUUUCCGAGCAGUUUUCUGUUGCUGUGCCGAUAUACAAUGGCAUUAUGUUUCUGUUUGUUCUGGCCAACUUCUGUAUGGCCACCUUUAUGGAUCCUGGCAUCUUCCCCAGAGCUGAGGAGGAUGAAGAUAAAGAGGAUGAUUUCCGGGCUCCUCUCUAUAAGACUGUGGAGAUUCGAGGCAUUCAAGUGCGGAUGAAGUGGUGCUCCACAUGCCGUUUCUACAGACCCCCACGUUGCUCACACUGCUCCGUGUGUGACAACUGUGUAGAGGAUUUUGAUCAUCACUGUCCAUGGGUUAACAACUGUAUCGGCCGGAGGAACUACCGUUACUUUUUCCUGUUCCUGAUCUCUUUGACGGCUCACAUAAUGGGCGUGUUUGGCUUCGGCCUGCUCUUCAUUCUCUACCACACCCAGCAGCUGGACAGAGUGCAUUCGGCUGUCACUAUGGCUGUCAUGUGUGUCGCCGGACUUUUCUUCAUUCCAGUAGCAGGCCUCACUGGUUUCCAUGUCGUUCUGGUGGCAAGAGGCAGGACCACCAAUGAGCAGGUGACGGGGAAGUUCAGGGGAGGUGUGAACCCCUUCACAAACGGCUGCUUCAGGAACGUCUCGCACGUUCUGUGCAGCUCACAGGCACCCAGGUAUCUGGGUAGAAAGAAGAAGGCUCUGGCAGUGUCUGUUCAGCCUCCUUUCCUCCGACCGCAACUUACAGAGGCUCAACUGGCAGCCAAGGUGCUCGACAACGGAAUCCAUGGAGACCUACACCGGUCUAAGAGCAGUUUGGAGAUGAUGGAGAGUCAAUCUGCUGACGCCGAGCCUCCGCCUCCACCUAAACCAGAGCUCAGAUACCCUGGGCUGUCACGAGGACCUGGCGGACACCCUGAGGAGAGCAGUCUGUUGAAUAAAGCUCCGCCCACCCCCACCAUGUUCAAGUACAGACCCACCUACAGUAGCCCAGGAAAGAACCACACUGCUCUUACACAUGCAUAUGCCAACCAGAUGAGUCGUGGGGACAGUCUUAAAGAGUCCUCUUCCUCUCUCCUCCAGUCCAGUCAGCAGUCAGGCUAUCGCUCCGAGCCCAGUCUGGAUGGGUGUGAGGUGGGCGGAGCGGAGCGAAGUGGGGCCGAGCGAACAGGUGGGGGCCCUGGAGGACUUCCAGCCUCAGGGAUCCCAGGAUACUCCCUAGGAGGGCGCUCGUACCCCUCCUUCUCUGAUCCUACGGUGCUCGCCGGAGGGGCCUCACGGUCCUCCAGUGUUCGCUCUUCCCACAAUGCCCCACCAUCUGAGGCUACCACCUCCACCAGCUACAAAAGCUUAGCCAAUCAGACGCCACCACCGGCUCCUCGGAACGGCAGUCUUUCGUACGAUAGUCUGCUCACACCUUCCGAAAGCCCAGAAUUUGAAUCCGCGGCACCAGAGAUGACGCCAGGGCGACCGCGCGCCCCAGUAGUCGGAUACAGUUCGCCCUUCCUGUCAGCACAGAUCGCCCAGCAACGGGAGGCUGAACUCCACCAGCCAUCUGCCUCCAGCGCCGUCCUCCUCGCCUCCCCGCAGCAUGCCGUCUAUCUACGUGGCUCCACUGCUUCCCCUCCCGCUCCGCCUGAACGCGAGCGUGAACGCCUGCUGCACGACUCGCAACCGCACCACCAUCACCACCACCACCACCAUCACCACCAUCACCAUCGGCCUCCUCGCUUUUCUCGACCCCCUCUGCUCUCUGACUCGGGCCCAUCUCAGCCCUCGUAUCCAUACCGCACUCGCUCCACUGACACGCCCCUGCCGCCCAACACCCACCCUCCACUCUCGCCACACCCCCCGCCACUGGGGAAGUCCCUGUCUUACUCUAGCGCUGCCGCUGCAGAGAUGCAGUACCGCCUGGUCCGCAAAGCCUCGGCCUCGGUCGGGGGAGGGGGCAUACAGGCGCCAAAGGACGAGAUUCAGAUGAAGUCAUAUAGCCGGACAAACGGGCAGCCGAAACCACCUUUCACCCCCUCGUCCCCCUCUCAUCCUGUCAGCGUGUCGACUCGCCCAGGUCAGGCAUAUUCCAGUGCUGGCUCUUCUCAGAGCCCCGCUCACAAGCCUGGAGGUGGGGUGAAGAAGGUGACGGGCGUCGGAGGGACCACUUACGAGAUAUCGGUGUGAGAGAGCGGCUGUUUUUACUGGUGUUGGACUCUUUUUCUUCACCAACAUAGCGGAGAAAAUCACGUGUGGCAGACUCAUUGGUGCCCAAGGGAAAGAUAUGGAUUUUUUUUUUCAAAAUUGAAAUCAAUGCUGACCAGCAGGUUUUGGUUGGAUAUGACAUGUAGGAGGAGGAGGAGGAUCAUAGGGGGGGGCCUUUCAAGCCAUGACAUAAUAAAACUUCAAGACUCUUCAUCAGUAAGGAGCUGUAACACAUAACUGGUGUGACGGCAAAGGACCGGAUUGCCUUUAAAA